UGCGAACUUGGUCCAGCUUUACACUCGCUUUAUAAACCACAGAGCGGUUCGACAGGAAUAAGCAACAGCGCACCACAAAACUCGGAGCUGUCGCCAUUUACCUGUAGCUUUUUCAGGGAUUUCGGUGUUUAGUUGAUUUGAGUCCAUUCGUGUCGUAAUACCAGUAAGUGUUAAGGGAGAAACAGAUCUAUCUGUGAGGACUUCAGUGAAGAACGCGAAUAUCCGGGAGUGUAGCAUCCGCGGCUAUCUGCCUAAACGCAUCAAAUCUGACAGACAGCUAGCGAUAUUUUUUCUGUUUUAGCUGAUUUUGCUGACUGGAAAGUUUUGAUAUUUUGAUUAUUGUAUUUAACAUUUAGCAUAUCGUCCAAGGAGAUCUUAUUUCUCAGAUAUAAUAAUCGCUAAGGCUCCGGAGGCCGCGGAGCCGAGCUGCUAGCUUCUCACUCGUGAGUCGGCAAAGGAGAAAUUGAACCGUCACUUCAUAUCUUGGAAUUUCUGUGGACCACUAACUCCCCCCUUGACAGCUACACAUCUACAGUGACUCGCAUUGUUUGAGGAUUUAUCCUUUUUUUUUCUCCUUGUCUGAAGAUUUUUCUCUGUGUCCUCAACUUCACCGACUAGCAGCUUCCGGCGAGCUGGCGACGCAGCUCUUCUCAGGACAGACUCAACUCUCUGCCUCCAGCCUUUGAGGUGUGAGUCAGCUGCUCGUCUUCUCUGUGGCGGUUCAGGACAGGGCUGUCAUUUAUCAGUCAGUGAUGUCAGAAGAAGGAAAGCAGAGCGUCACACCUGCCCCUGCAUCCACUAUGGACACGAAGUCUGAGUCCACAGCCUCGCCACCGACCGGCCAAGGGGUUUCAUCCGUGUCUCCUCCGGUCUCCACAGUAACGCAGCCAGCACCACCUGCAACUGAGGAUGAGGAGGAGGAGAGCGAAGAUGAAUCAGAAAUCCUGGAGGAAAGCCCCUGUGGACGCUGGCAGAAACGGAGAGAAGAGGUAAACCAGCGCAACGUCCCAGGUAUCGACAAUGCUUAUCUUGCCAUGGACACAGAGGAAGGUGUGGAGGUGGUGUGGAAUGAGGUCAUGUUUUCUGAAAGGAAGAAUUUCAAACUGCAAGAGGAAAAAGUCAAGGCAGUGUUUGAUAACCUCAUCCAGCUGGAACAUGUGAAUAUAGUGAAGUUUCACAAGUACUGGGCAGAUGUGAAGGAGAACAGAGCCAGGGUUAUUUUCAUCACCGAGUACAUGUCUUCUGGGAGCCUGAAGCAGUUUCUAAAGAAGACCAAGAAGAAUCAUAAGACCAUGAAUGAAAAGGCCUGGAAACGUUGGUGCACUCAGAUAUUAUCUGCCUUAAGCUAUUUGCAUUCAUGUGAACCUGCCAUAAUCCAUGGGAACCUGACCUGUGACACCAUUUUCAUACAGCACAAUGGACUCAUUAAAAUCGGAUCAGUGGCCCCAGACACCAUAAAUAACCAUGUUAAGACAUGUCGGGAGGAACAGAAGAGUUUGCACUUCUUUGCUCCAGAGUAUGCAGCUGUUGCCAAUGUCACUACAGCCGUGGACAUAUAUUCCUUUGGAAUGUGCGCCUUAGAGAUGGCUGUGCUGGAAAUCCAAAGUAAUGGAGAGUCCUCAUAUGUGUCACAAGAAGCCAUUAAUAGUGCCAUCCAGUCUCUGGAGGACCCACUGCAGAGAGAGUUUAUUCAGAAGUGUCUGGAGGUGGACCCCAGUAAGAGGCCCACUGCCAGAGAGCUGCUUUUCCAUCAAGCUCUGUUUGAAGUGCCUCUUUUGAAACUAUUGGCUGCACACUGUAUCGUCAGUCACCAGCACAUGAUCCCUGAAAAUGCUUUAGAGGAAAUGACCAAGAACAUGGACCCCAACCAGGUCAUUAUGGAAAGGAAAGAGGUCCAACUAAAACUCUCGCAGUUUCCCGCUUUGGAGCUUGACAAGUUUCUUGAAGAUGUGAGGAACGGGAUCUAUCCGCUGACUGCCUUCGGGGUGCCCUGUCCACAGCAGCCUCAGCAAGAGGCUGUCAAGUCCCCCAUCGUGCCCCCCUCUGUCAAAACACCUACGCCUGAGCCUGCAGAGCUGGAGACCCGGAAGGUUGUGCAAAUGCAGUGCAACAUCGAGCCUGUGGAGGAAGGAGCAAAACAUCAUCUGACCUUACUGCUAAAACUGGAAGAUAAGCUGAACCGACACUUGAGUUGUGAUUUGGCACCAAAUGAGAAUGUACAGGAGUUGGCCGUGGAACUGGUCCAGCUUGGCUUCAUUAGUGAGGGGGAUCAGCCACGUCUCACUACUGUGCUGGAGGAGGCCUUCUCUAGAUUCUACAGCCGUAACGGCUCUCUGAAUCCUGUAACCGUUUCUUCAUAGCAGAGGGUCAGAUCUGCUAGCUCCUCUCCACCAUCCUUUAUCUUCAUGCACGGGACGGGAUGGGACUCUAGCGCUUCAUCACUCAGAGGAUCAUGUGUGAGUUUUGUAGGGAGGGAUCAGAACGCCUUGAACUGAGCCUCAGAAAGAAACGCACCCCUGCGCUCUGUUCUUCACACUGCUUUAGGUGGUGGAAAAGUGUUGGCUGAUGGUUCCCGUGUACAUCUAUUCUGUCAGUGUAGCAGUCUGCUUCUCUGUUUUAAAAGAAGAAAAAGUGACUCCUAUUAUUUAAAUCAGUAUUACGAGCUGUAUUUUGGAUGUGUGGGAUGGGUUACUUCUGGUUUGCACUUCAGCAAACCUUUUUUGUUUUUUCAGGCACAUGUGUAUUUCAUGAUCAUAUUUUUUUCACCCUUUCAAUCAUUCAUUUAUUCUUUUUUUUUUUUUGUGUAAGAGGAAUGCGUUACUGUUAUUUUGAAAUUAUUACCAAAUAAGAUUCUUUGUACCUUUUAAGGCACACAUUAAUUGUGGUUAACUUUGGUCUGCAAUGCAAGAUCUACGACGACUGUGAAAGGAAAGGGGUUCUCCAAACAUUGAAAAAAGCAAACAGAUUAUUUAUCUAUAUGCGUAUGGUCUAUCUUGAAGCGUGUUUCACUUUCUUCAUUGUGGCGGCUGUUUUCUCCCCCUUUAUUACCUGUGAAUGUAUGCUGUAAGUUUCCAUUUUAACGGUUUCUAGGCGAAGGGCACUUGAUUUGACUUGUCUGUUUGGCCUCUGUGACACAGUUAUGAGUUUCAGUAUAAAGCAAGGAUCUCCAGUGCACCAGACGUGUUUAAAUGUGCCUUUGACAGACACAAACAAUCCAUGGACUAACAAACACAUUGUAUUAUUCCUUUUUUUCAUUGAACAGAUCCUGUAGUGUUGUUUUUGUCAACUGGUCUGCAUGCAUGUAUACUGUAACAAUUUUUGGCAUAUUUGCAGUAUAUCAAAACCCUUAGGGUUUCCUGUGUUUUUUGGGGGGCAGCAUCAUUUCAGCCCAAAUGAGCAGUUGGCACUGAUUUGUUUUAUGUUGGUGGCAAUAAAUUUCAAAUUCACCUUGAUGGUAUAUCAACAUAUGUUACAAGAAGCUAAUUUGUAAUUAUGCAUGAAAUGCAGUUUAGCAUCUGAGAAACUCUAGUUCUCUUCUGAUUGCUAAUUGUGUUGCUUGUUUAUUAUUAAUUAUACUGGCUAGAUUUGCAAAUUGCUUCAGAUAUCAGACAGCGGAGUUGAAAUGAUGCCCGAAACAUUGAAAAGCACACAACAAACAAUGCUUUCUUUUGUUGAUGCAGACCAGCAGUGACAAAUUAGAAAAUUUGAAAUGGAUGAUUCAUUCUGUGGUUGUUUUGAAAGAAACCUUUGUAUCAAUCCCUCUCUCUGUUUGAUCUGUCUAACGGGACGAAACUAUUGCCCAGAAUAAUUUUGCCUAGUUUGUCUCAUGCUGAACAUUCAGAAACUCAUAACUGCUUUUACUCUAUUAAAUUCUUUCAAUUUGCACCAUUCGUUGAUAUAAAGAUGAGAUACGGAGUACUUCUAUUCUCUGUCUGUUUCAUUUCAGCUCACAAGUACAAUAUUAAAAGGAAAAAUUCACCCAAGAAGCUAAA